AUGAUCGACAAGAGUACACACGAGAUUCGCCAGGACGAAGACAAGACAGUAUACAAGAGCUUGGACGAGCUGAGCGAUGACCUCCCAGACCACUCGCCACGUUUUGUGCUACUUAGCUAUCCCCUGACGCUGCCAUCCGGGCGGAUGUCCGUCCCCUAUGUCAUGCUUUACUACCUUCCCAUCACCUGUAACAGCGAGUUGAGGAUGCUCUACGCUGGUGCCAAGGAAUUGAUGAGGAACACGAGUGAAGUCGGCAGGAUCAUAGACAUAGAAUCAACCGACGACUUGGAGAGCAUUCCGGAGAAGCUGGGUGCUGCACCAUGA